AUGGCUUCCACGUGUCUUACGUCGCAGCAUCCCGUAGGGCUCGGCGCACCAGAAGCUGCCUGUAGCACACUCCUUUCUCGCUCCUCGUGUUCUAGGCUUAUAACGAGUAUUCGCAAAAGAAGCCUGCAACCAGCAGCUGUCUGCAGACCAAUUGCUGCUCGUCCUUCAAUACAAUCACUUCGCGACUACAACCCUGCAAGCUGGACCCGCGUCGCUACACGCAGAUCGCGUAACCCGCCUCUCAGCCCCACAGCUGCACCCCUUUCAAGAUUGCCCACAGCCACAGGGGAACGAUUUCUUUCUUCACGGAUCAGCCACAGCGGUAGUCCCAAGGCAGGACUGACGUCACGGGGGCGCCUGAUCCCCGUAGCGAUUGGCCACAGUGGCAGUUUCAAGGCCAGUGGCGGCAGUAACGGUUCGUGUAGAAGCAGGAGUGACGUCAGUGCUGACGUACCCGUCAUCGCCGAAGCUUCUGCGGAACCUACGCCAGGGAAUCCCAGGGAUCGCCGUUUGGAUGCAGAUGGGAGCAGAUUGAGAGAGAAACCAGUGGAGGAAGAUGAGGUGCAGAGAGAGGGGCAGCAGGGCACAGAUAAGCGUGUGGAGUCGUGUGGUAACUGUCCGAGUGAGGGAUUGCAGGGGACGGGGAUGUACGAGGACGAUACUGGGGAAGGUGACACUGAAGCGGAUCAGUUUGUAAUGAGGACGUUGCUGAUUGACAACUAUGACAGCUACACCUUCAACCUCUACCACUUGCUAGCCGACGUGAAUGGAGUCCCCCCAGUGGUGGUGAGAAACAACGAGGUAUCUUGGGAGUACCUCAGGCACCUGCUGCUACACCAGCGCCUCUUCCACUCUAUUGUGAUCUCGCCCGGCCCCGGCACGCCCUGCUGCGCUGCUGAUAUCGUGUGCAGUGCUGUUGUUGGUGUGUGGUUAUCGGUGUGUGCUGUGCUGUGCUGUGUCGUAUUCAUGACCUUAGCCUGUUGGUAUCUCAUCUCAAAUGCGUCCCUCGUCUACGGUGCCUCUCCCCGCUGGCCUACAUGUUUGCUGCCACUCCUUCCACUGCUGCCAAUAUUGCUUGCCUCUCUGCUGGUUCAUACAGGCCCUGGCAACCCUGAACGGAGGCCAGGUGGUGCCGGCACCAGAGCCUGUGCAUGGAAGGCUCAGGUAGUGCGCUAUCACUCCCUUGCUGUCCACUGGGCCUCCCUUUCCAACGACUUAGAACCCAUCGCCUGGACCACCAAUGAUCCUCUUUUCACCUCCUUUACUCUCUCCCCCUCCCUUCCGCUCUCCCAUGCAGGUGGUGCGCUAUCACUCCCUUGCUGUCCCUGGUCUACUCUUCCCACUGACUUAGAACCCAUCGCCUGGACCACCAAUGACCCUCUUUUCACCUUCUCACUCUCCCCCCCCCCCCCACCCCCAUCCACCGUCAUCUGCAUGUGUGCUCUGCAGGUGGUGCGCUAUCACUCCCUUGCUGUCGAUGGGAUUUCACUGCCCACCGACUUAGAACCCAUCGCCUGGACCACCAAUGACCCUCUCUCCACCCACAUCGCCUCACCUGGUCCACCAGCAGCCACACCAAGUUCUGUUGGGGGCGCACAGGCAGCGAAUGGGGCAAUGAUUGCAGGAGCAGAGGUGGUUGUGAACGGUGCUUGUAGGGGUACGGAGCCAGGAGGUGAUGUGGGGGCAGGAGCGCCAAGUGGGAACGCUGUGGUUGUGAACGGGAUGGUGGCACCACGUCAGUGUUAUCAACAGGAGCAGCAGCAUGAGCAGCAGCAGGAGCAGCAGUCGAAUAGAGUGAUUAUGGGUCUGGCACACAAGAGACGGCCACACGUGGGGGUGCAGGUGGGUUGCUGCCUGGCAGUUAUGGAUGGAUAA